AUGGCUCAUAUGAACUAUCCGCUCGACUGUGCAAAUUUAUCAACUCAGGCCAACGAUCAUAGUUCAUUUGAUAAGGAAACAAGCAAUAACAAUAUGAUGGGUCAGUUACAGCCUAUGUCUGCCCAACAACUAUGUGGAAGUAAGCAGGACACGAUAUCAUCGCUGACAGAUCUGAUGCAUGGUUCAUCUGAUAAGCGAGGUCGUAACAAAAAUCAUAAUAGCUUCGCCGAUAACAACGUCUCAUCUGUGGGUAGUUGUGUACAAACUCUAUUGCCAUCGUCGUCGCAGUAUGCGACAGAUCCGAAUCAAGACGAACAAACAAAAACUGACGAGAAUUUCAAAGGAAAUGGUGUAAUGAUGUUACAGAAGCAAUCUUACUCGUUUACAUCGCAUGAGGAGAAUACAAAUAAAAAGCAAGUCAGAGGCGGCAAUAUUGUUAGUAAUCAUCAUUCACUUUAG